GUCACAUGUUCGUUUUUAGAGCUUUCCAAAUGAACACAGGCGGCUGUCUCUUAUGGUCGCUGCUGCUGAAAGAAGUGUGUCCAAGAUUUUAAGAGCAUCAUUUAUUUCUUAAGAACACUGCUGCCACUCCCGAAACUCAACACAACAACCAUGCCCCCUCCCCUGCGUCACCGCUCUAUGCGUAUCUUUGUGAACGAUGAUCGUCUUGUGAUGGCAAAGCACUCAGCCAUCUACCCCACACAGGAAGAAUUGGAAGCUGUGCAGAACAUGGUGUCACAUACUGAGCGUGGUCUCAAGGCAGUUUCUGAUUGGCUGGAUGAGAAGGAGCGACAUGAUGCUUCAGAGGGCACUGAAACAGAAAAAGAGUGUGAGCCAAAGUCAGUGGAGCAGCCCACACGUACCCUGCGUGGUGUUAUGCGUGUGGGUCUGGUGGCCAAAGGCCUGCUUCUGAAGGGGGACCUCAACCUGGAGUUGGUGCUUCUCUGUAAGGACAAACCCACGAUUUCACUGCUGAACAAGGUGACGGAAAACCUCAUUGAACAGCUGCAGAGCAUCACAGAUGAGAAGUAUGAGGUGACCCAGUGCAUUCAAGAGGCUAGCAUCAUGAUCAGAAAUGCCAAAGAACCUCCUCUGACCCUUACCAUUCAUCUGACAUCACCACUCGUCAGAGAGGAUGUGGAGAAACAGGCUGCUGGAGACACGCUAUCAGUCACCGAUCCCCCGGAUGUUCUGGACAGGCAGAAAUGCCUAUCUGCCUUGGCGUCUCUUCGCCACGCCAAGUGGUUCCAGGCCAGAGCAAAUGGGCUGCGUUCCUGUGUAAUAGUCAUCCGUAUCCUAAGGGACCUGUGUUCCCGAGUCCCCACCUGGGGCCCACUGAGAGGAUGGCCUUUAGAGCUUCUGUGUGAGAAAGCGAUUUGCACAGGUAAUCGGCCAAUGGGAGCAGGGGAGGCUUUGCGGAGAGUUCUGGAAUGUCUUGCCUCUGGCAUCCUAAUGGCAGAUGGCUCGGGGAUCUGUGACCCUUGUGAGAAAGAGCUAACUGAUGCCAUUGGACACAUGAACAACCAGCAGCGGGAAGAUAUCACUCAGAGUGCUCAGCAUGCCUUGAGGCUUUCUGCAUUUGGACAACUUCACAAAGUGCUGGGAAUGGACCCACUGCCCUCUAAAAUGCCCAGGAAGCCUAGAAGUGAAAUGCCUAUUGAUUACACAGUUCAGAUCCCACCUAGCACAACCUAUGCUCCACCAAUGAAACGGCCCAUAGAGGAGGAUGAGGGAACAGAUGAGAAAAGUCCUAAUAAAAAGAAGAAGAAACUGCAAAAGAAAUCCACAGAAGAUAGGCCAGAUCCUCCUCAGGCCAUGAAUGCACUUAUGCGGUUGAACCAGCUCAAACCUGGGCUGCAGUAUAAACUGGUGUCACAGACGGGCCCAGUGCAUGUGCCUGUCUUCACCAUGGCUGUGGAGGUUGAUGGGAGGACUUUUGAGGCCUCUGGACCAUCGAAACGCACUGCAAAACUCCAUGUCGCUGUGAAGGUCCUGCAGGACAUGGGCCUGCCCACAGGAAUGGAGCAGAAGAGCACUGACCCAGUGAAAGUAGAGGAGGUGGUCACCACUGAAGAAGACGUGAAACCUGUGACUGCACUUGCUGACAUGGGAGAUGCCACUGCUGUGUGCAGCAACCCAGAACCCAGUGAGAAUGCUGAGAGUGCCCGGCAGCAGGGACCAAUUCUGACCAAACAUGGGAAGAACCCUGUUAUGGAGCUGAACGAGAAGCGCAGAGGCCUUAAGUAUGAGCUCAUCUCAGAGACGGGUGGCAGCCAUGACAAACGCUUUGUUAUGGAGGUGGAGAUUGAAGGACAGAAGUUCCAGGGCUCUGGAUCCAAUAAGAAAGUGGCGAAGGCCUAUGCUGCGCUAGCUGCUCUGGAGAAACUCUUUCCAGAGGGAUCUGCAUCUGAGGCAUCUAAGAAGAAAAAACUUCCACCCUUGCACACUUCAGGCUUUGGAAUGAUGAGUGGACCUCCCACUGACCCAACUGCUAAUCCUAGAGGCCGGGGUAGGGGGCGGGGCAGGGGGAGGGGCAGAGGGUUCAACAAUGGUGGGGGCUACAAUCAAGGUGGUUAUGGAGGUUAUGGAUAUGGGAACAAUGCAAAUUCUGGCUAUAAUUACCAUAACACUGGAGGGACCAAUGGCGGAUCUGUACAGUCCACCUCUGGAGUAGUAGGAUCAGUGAGCAGUUUGACUGGGACAGGUGGUCCUGCAGCAUCAAACAGCUAUAACUCCUAUUACCAGAGUGAUGGGGGCUAUACUGCCCCUCUUCCUGCUGAGAAACCUCCUGGCAAGAAACAGUCAAUGCACCAAGGGACAAAAUCUCAUGCUGGUGUUCUUGGAGCUGGGUCUGCUCCAGGGAAUUAUCAGGCUUCAACUCCCCCUGGACAAAGCUCUUACACUCAGUAUGGGCAGGGCUAUGGUCAAGGCAAGAAGAACUUCAGUCAGACCCAGGGUGGAGCAGGAGGUGGGGGAUACUCUAACUAUAGCACUGCGUACCCUGCCCAAGUUACAGGGAGUUCUGGAGGCCAAGAGUACAACUAUGAAUGUUACAACAAUCAGACAAACUACAGUUCUGUGGGAGGUGGUAAUCCAGCUUCUUACCACAACCAUCAUAAUUUGGGCUAUGGAAGAGGAGAUCCUAACAUGAAUUAUCAGUAUAGAUAGACUGAAUCUGGCCAGAUUCAUGCCUGGCCUCUGUUGUUUUUACCAGGUUUUCCCAAAGUGUCCACCACUCUUAUACAUUCUGCUGUGAGUGAACAGGAAAUGUAUUCUGGCUUACCAACUGUCACCAAAAAACCUUUUAAAAGAGUGGCAGUGUUUCAGAUCUUUGAGAAAUGGUCUGUUUUCCUGUGUUGUUCUGGUCAAUGUUUGAUCACAUGUGUCUCAUCAUUAAUUCUUCAUUUUUGUCAGAAAAUCUCCCAGUUAUGGUACUAUAAUUUAAUUGAUUUCAGUUUGGUCUGAACCAUCUUAUCUCAGCACCGUGGACUAGUAACAGUACUGGUUUGUAGACAUAUUUGCUUGUAAUUUAAGUCCUCAGGUUUUUUUUGUUUUUUUUUUUCCUUUGUUUUUUGGAAAUUACUCAAGUUGUAAAAGAUGUGGAAUUCAAGCUGGGUGAAAGUAGAAUUUGGUGUGUUUUGUGACUGCGAAAUGUCUUGUGCAGAGCAAUGUUAAAGGAUGUUUGUAUUGAUUAAAGUUUUUUAUUU